AUGGCACCUGCUCCUAUGAUGGCCCAAGGGAUAUACCCUGUGCAGGGUGCCUAUAUUGCCACUCCCAUGGCAAUGAUAGCUCCUGGAAACAUGCCCCCUCCUCCUCCAUACACUCCACAAAUGGCGCAAAGUCCACAUGCUCCAAAAGGAGGUUUUCCUAUGGGUAUUAGUCAAGGUGUAAUUUCAGGAAUGGUUCCUGGACAGAUGAUAGGUGGAAUGCAACCCAAUGCUCGGCCUCCUGAUGACCAAAAGAAAGGUCGGCACUUUCAUGAGCAACAAAUGAAACUAAAACUACUUGGGACUAUGGGAAUGACUUCUACAGACCCUGAUCGUAUGAUAGAAUCCAUGUUUGGAAAGAUGUCUAAAUCAAAACCGAAACCCGCAGUCACUAACACAACAGCCAUUGAUAGUGACCCAGACAGUUUUGGAGAUUUUAUGCAAGGGCCUUCUUCAACAUCAGAUUCAACAUCUUCAGACAAACAUGGGUCAGCUGAUAGUAAACUUGGAGUAGAAAAAAAGAAGAAAUCUAAAACCACUAUUAGAACAGCCUCUAACACCAGUAGUAGCACUAGUAGUAGUACCAGUAGUAAUACUACUACUGCUACUAACCCCAAUUCUGAAGAGAAGAAAAAAACAGAUGAGAAAAAAGAUUUAAUGGCUAUGAUGCUUCAAUAUUCAGACCUAAAAGUAUCCCAGAAACCAAAAACAUUUCAAAAGAAAACACUUAGGGAUGUUAACCCCAUCCCCACAUCUACUGUAAAAACCACUUCAUAUACAACCAGUGAACGGUCACGAAAAUGGGAGGAUGUUGAUGAUACUUUAUCUGGACUAUUUAAAACAGAAGAACAAAUUCAGUUGCCAUUACAAGAUUGUAUGUGUUCCCACCAAUCUCAGCAGUUAGCCACUACACCAGAUAGUGGAAACACUACUCCAACUGUAUCUCAAUACCCAGCUGGACCAUUUCAAACCCUUCCAGCUUGGUGUUACAUGGAUGAUGAACAAUUGCCUCAUGUUUACAGACAAGUGUAUGAAGCAUCUUCUGCAAAUGAUUGUAUUCUGACUGACAGACUCUAUCCAAUCUUACUACUGAGUGGGCUACCUCGACAAACCCUCCGUGAAAUUUGGGAAGUGUGCAAUAUGACUACCCCAGGACAACUUAUGAAACCAGAGAUGUACUUUAUGUGUGCUACAAAUAUUACAAAGCCUGAAUUUGAGACAUUGCCAGAAUUGAGCGCUGAAGAUAAAUAUUCAAAUGUUCGAAAUUUCUUCUGCAGCGAUGAUUCUUCUGGCACGUCAACAAAUAGCUUUGAUGAUGACUAUGAUGACUUCAAGUCAGCAGACAGCAAACCGAGUGAUGACACCAGCCAUCUUUCCUUUUUUCACACCAACCUCUCACUCAUUUUUCUUUCUCUUUGUUGCUCUCUCUUUUUUUUCUCCACUCCCAACCCUUUUCUCACCCUAGAUCCCAGAAUUCUCACUUUCCAAACUCUCCUUUGCAGAUUUAAUUUUCUUUUCAAUUUCCUGUUUUACUUUUUCUUUCUGCUUAAUUUCUUUCCACCGCCCCUAUAUAUCUGUUUCUCUUUACCUUCAUUAUUCUUCAGAUCUAUUCUUCCACUUUCUCUCUUCAGAUCUACAUCUCACUCUCUCUUAGCCUUUGGAUCCACUCCUCACUCUCUCCUAGCAUUUGGAUCAACUUCUCACUCUCUCCUAGCCUCUGGAUCUGCUCCUCUCUCUCUCUCUCCUAGUCUUUGGAUAUGCUCUCUCUCUCUCUACUGUCUUUGGAUCUCUCUCUCUCUCUCUCUCUCUACCCUUGCCUUCAAAUCCAUUUCUCUCUCCCAGCUACUUUUCCCCUCUCUCCUAGACUUCAUCCCAGCUUCUUUUUCUCUCUCACUUUCUCUCCUAUUUCUCUCCAGAUCAAUUUCUGCCUCUCUCCUGGCUUCUCUCUCUCUCCUAACCUUCAGCCCACUUUUUGUCUCUCUCUCUCCUAACCUUCAGCUUCGUUUCUGUUUCUCUCUGUCUGAGUUUCUGUCUCUUUCAGACUUCAGCCUAGCUUAUCUUUCUCCUUCUCUCUUUCUUCCGCUCUGCUUCUCCCUCUCUCACCUCAAAUUCCUGUCUCUUUUUUUCUCUCUCUAUAAUCAUCUCUCUUUCCAUCAUCCUUUUCUCACUCUCACUUUCUCUCUUCCCUGUCUCCUCUCUAUCUCUCCCUCCUGCCUGUUUGUGUACUUCUCUCUCCCUCUCUCACAUUUUGUCUAUCUUAUCCCCUUCCUAUUUUGUUCAACACUUUUUCCUGUUUCUCUCUCCUCAUCUUCCUUCAUCCACUUUCAUUGA